ACAAGGAUAAUAACAACAACAAAACGAGUAUCGUUUGCUCGUAUUGUACGCUUGAUAUGUGUACACAAAGUUACACGAAAUUUAGUUAAAUUUCAAUUUUGUAGAGGAUUUCAAAUAUUAGAUAUCAUGCUGUAAUAUCCCGUUUUACAGGCAGCUGUCGAAUUAGUAACUGUCCACAGUAAUUUCUUCAGUAUCGUUGUUUUUAAUUUGCUCAUAACAUGGCUGGCCUGAGUUUCGAAUCGAUUGGUAGAUAUUUGGGUCAAAUAGGCGCUCAAACUGCCGUCGACAAUGGUUUAGAUCGGAAUAGCUUUCCCGAAUUGCUCCGUUUGUAUACGAAUGUUAUUGUGGAGACAGCCAGGUCUACACUGAAAUGGAUCGGUUUGAGCUUUCUGUUCCGCUACCUCUCUGUCGAAUUUCUGCUUACCUUUGUUACUAUCCCUACAGCUGCCGCGGAAGGUCAAGGCUAUUUGAGCAACAUGCAACGCACGAUCCUGAUGACGACAGACAUCGCCGUCGUAAUUGCCGUAAUAUGUGCAUGGUUGGCAGUGGGGCAAAUUAAUUCUCAACAGCACCGCGAAGCUUUGUUCAACCACAUUAAUCACUUCUGGACCUGGUUUGUUGUGAUUGGUGGUGUUUGCGCAAUAUGCAGCAUUGUUUAUGCUCUCGUCUUGAUUUUCAACCUGAGUUCAGUAGUGUUCUCCACAACGAUGAGUCUGUGCACUAUACUGUAUUUUCGCGGGUUGAUCCGGGACUGGGAAGUGGCAUUAAUAGCGUUCUUCGCAUCGGCAAAUGCCGGCAUUGCCGUUGCGGCAUAUUGUUUGGCGCGGAAUUGUUUCGGAACAGGCGUUAUGUGCUGUACUCUCGUAAGUGUUAUAAAAGGUCAGGAAACUUUGCAGAAUGCCCAAAGGACGGAAGCACCUUAUUCUGAUGAUCCCCCAUCUUAUUCCGAAAUCAUCGUAACACAACCAGGGUAUUAGUAGCAUGAGCUUUGAAUAUUAGGCAACGGCCGGCCAGUUAAAGGAACUGAAAUUUUUUCACUGUGGUUAACUUGGAAUACAAACAUUUUUCUUUGGAAUUUCGCUGUUGAAGUAUGACUGCCUGGCUCUACUUUCAUGUAUAUCUUUCUUGUUCAAUAAA